AUUCAAUUUUAUUACUACUUUGACAUGACAAGUGACAUAAAAAUAAAGAGCCAUGGGAAGGGGCCGUUAAAUAUAAAUUCAAGGAAAAAGAGAAGUUGAGAAAUGCUUCAGUGCUGAACCAUUAGAUGAUUAUAUUUCGAAUUUUAUAUUUGGAAGCAUUCAAAAUUCUGACAAUUGUCUUCAUUGUAGAACUUUUCAUGAUCAUCUCAAGUCUAUUAAAUGGUGCACUUCCCUUCAUUCCCACCUCACCAAACUCAGCUCCCACUUGUCACUCCACAGGCACAAACAUACAACCCGGAGAGAGAGAGAGUUGCCUUGAAAUACUGUGAGUUGCUAGAAAUGGCCAUGAACCACCUCUUAUCAUAUGACCACGAUGAUGAUGACUACAUUGACAUGGAAGUCAGCUCAUACUCCACCUUCUUCUGCCAAUCUAGAGGCUCGCCUCCAUUCCCAAAAGAGUUCGAGUUCCAAAAGUCCACAGCUUCACUAGAAAAAGACACCACAACUUCCCCAGCUGACGAGCUCUUCUACAAAGGCAAGCUCCUUCCCCUUCACCUUCCUCCACGUUUACGAAUGGUAGAGAAAAUGCUAGAAAACUCUAACUCUUCAUAUGAUCAUAGAAAAGACACAUUUGAAGAAUUCUUCAGCACCCCGCUAAUGACAACUGCCCCUACACCGACUUCGACCAGCACUCCAUUUGAAUCCUGCAAUAUUUCACCUGUCGAGUCUUGUUAUGUCAGUAGAGAACUAAAUCCAGAAGAGUAUCUCUUUGAAUAUUCAAGUGAAACUGGUGGUUUUAUCGAUGAAAACCCAAAACCGUCUAGGACCAAAAAGCUUAAUCUGAUCAAACAGUCCUCACUUGGCUCAAAACUUAAGGCUUCCCGGGCUUACCUCAAGUCUUUGUUCGGUAAGUCUGGUUGCUCAGAUGAUUCUUGUACAGUGGCUUCAAAAGUUGCAGAUGAAGUAACAGUUUCAAAAGCCAAAGAGACUUCGAACAAAUAUGUGAAGCCAGCAAAGAAGACGCCUUGUGGGCAAAUCCAGAAGGAUAAAUACCAAACUUCAACUACUGCAUUGCAGAACAAACAAAGGAUCAGCGAGGACGGUAGUGGUCGCCUCCACAGGAGAUCAUUCUCAAUGUCCAUCAAACGGUAUUCAACAAAGAAGUCUUCAUCAUCAUCUGACUCGUCAUCAUCUUCAAGCUCGACUAGUUCAAAUGGGUUUCAUCGGCUGCCAUUUCUAAAGAGAAGCAGCAGUGCAAAAUCCGAGAUAGAGAAUCCAAUCCAGGGAGCAAUUGCACAUUGCAAACAGUCCCAGCAGCUGUUCCAUUCGAGGAAGACUGUAAAUGAAGCCAAGUUAUACUCAUUAUCAGCUUCCAGAAUUUCCAUAUGUGAUGAACAAGAAAGGCCAGUUCUUUGCAGAGGCUGAUCUUCACCUAUAACAAAAAAGAAAGCAUAAAUUCUAACCUAGUUUCCAAUGCUUUCCUUUCUCUGGUUUUUCUAUAUUGAUCGUACGUCUAUCCUUUGUUCGGGGAAGGAGUAAAACUCUUAAUGCCUGUGUUUUAACUGCUAGAUCAGACCAUGCUGCUGUAGUUUCUGAAAACGCCCAAUAAAUUCUGGUUUCCUUAAAGCGCCAAGGUAUAAUGAGCACGGCUAUAUGUGGUAAUGAGUGCUAGCGAAUUAGGUACUUCUCAAGAGAAUGCGAAGCUUUUUACUCACUAGUCACGAUGUAAUAAACAAUGUAGCAUUAUUCAUCUUGAAGCCAAAUGCCAAAGAUAAAAACGAGUCAAUCAUACAAGCUGAAAAUCAAACACAUGUUUUUAA